AUGAUCCAGGGCACGACAGUCGCGCGGGUGCCUGCGCUUCAAUCGUCACCAUGUGAUGAAGAGGUGCAGGGAUGCCAGGAUCCUGCAACUGUCAGUUUGGCAGCAUGGGGGCCACCGUCGGGGAAGCCAGUGUGCUGCGCCACGGCUGGGGAGCCUGCAUAUGUGAACCCAGCAGCAGAGGGCGACGUGCAGCCAGAUGCAGAGGUGGGCGUGUGGACGGAUUGGGAUGGCAUGGAGUCCGUUGUCCAAAGACCUGCUGAUGGGGGGCCAUGGUGCGACUGGGCCAUUCCCGUGGCAUGUCUGGAGGCUGCUUGCUCCAACCUGACGCAGCAACAGAUGUGGGAGAUCUUCAUUCGUGGCAUGAGGCCAAAUGGUCGCUUUGCACGCCUUGCACUCCGCGGCGAGGAGGUCCAGACGGUCGUCAGCGGUGAGACCGUCGCCACCACCAUCGUGAAUGAUGACACCAGCUACGUCAUCCAACAGGACUCGGACGACUUUGAGCUGCACGUUCUCAGCCAGGAGACCUUUGAGAGGAAUUAUGAGCUGCCUGGCUUCGAACUCCUGCAGCAGGGGCCGGCGUUUGAUUUUCUCAGGGCCGAAGGCUUCCGUUACUUCCAGCGGAAGGGUCCGGUGGGGCCCCCACAUCAGGAUAUGCCGCAGAUCUGUGAGGAUCCGCCACCCAGCGAGUUCGACCCCGCUCCUUGGCCUUUGUCGCGGUACGAGCGCCGGAAGGAACGUUUGCGCAAAUGGCGGACAGAAAAGGCUCAGGGGCGGCCUCAUCCAGGGCCGCGGGAGAGGUUCUACAAAAAGAUGAUGGUCAAUAUGGCGGCAGCGUCAUGGAGCUCUUCCUUCUCGGACCCCUUCUGUUGGGCUGCAUCUGAAGCUGCGGGCCAUUCUGCUGAUCCGUGGCAUGCAGACAUGUCGUCAAUAAGCUUUACUGGGUUUCAUCCGAGCCUCUGCUAA